AGAACAACAAGAAGAAGCCACGCCCCAGCCACCUCUCGCCCCUUCUCGCCACCACCACCACCAUCAACCAUGGCUGAUAAGCCCGUCGUCGUCGUGUUCACGGCCAACUCAAACACAGGCACCGCUGUUGUGCGGGAACUGGCAGCCAACUAUGCGGAUGAUGUUCGCAUUCGCUGCGUGGUCCGCAAGAAGGCAAACGCCAAGCACCUGCAGGGCCUUCCUAUCGAGGUCAUCAACGCAGACAUCACGCAGCCUGCGCUUCUGAAGGCGGUGUUUGCGGAUGACGUGAACGUGUGCUUCUGGAGCACCCCAACAACACAAGACCGUGCGGACUUGACGAAGCGGUUCGUUGACGCGUGCAUCGAGUACGGCGUGGACUUCCCCGUCAUCGUGUCCAUGCUGGAUGCAGACAAGCGGGGCACGCUUCACCAGCAGCACUUUGCCGAGAUUGAGGCCUACUGCGAGAAAAUGCGUGGCACCCCCGUGAAGCGCCAGCUGCUUGACACCGGCAAGCAGACCCUUGCCCCGAUCAUCCUCCGCUGUGCGCCCUUCUACCAAAACAUGCUUGCCAGCCUGGCGGGCAUUGCUGAGGGCCAGCUGUACUACCCGCUUGGCAAGAACGAGGGUUACCUGCCACACGUUGACCUCAAGGAUGUUGGCAAGAUUGGGGCCAAGAUCCUGGUCGACCCCACCCCACACGGCAACAAGACAUACAACCUCAUUGGCGAAUACCAGCAAGGCAACCAACUGGCAUCGUCCAUCACCCGCAGCACGGGGCAUCCAUGCACGUACGAGGAAGUCGACGAUCCCACAGCGGCCAUGGCCUUUGCGGCCCUUGGACUGCCGGAGUGGCUGGCUGACGCCAACACGGAGCUCAUUGCAUACUUCCGCGAGGACAAUGGCCAAGAUAUCAAGUCGGAUGUGGAGGAGGUGCUUGGCACGCCGCCCACCAAGUUUGCCGCAUUCUGCAAGCGCGAGAUGAAGCCGUUCCUUGACGAGCUCUGAGGAAGGGGAUGGCUGGUGUCUUGGAGAGCGUCGUGCUGCCAUGUUCCAUCGUCCCCCUUGACUGGGGUUCUGGGGUUGCGGAGGAGCCUCCAUCAUCUUCUGUCCAGGGAGCCAGGGAUUACACAUUUGCUUGUGCUUUGUGCUUGUGCUUUGUGCUUGUGCUCUGUGCUGUGUCGUCUUCCUUUUGUCCCGCUCUCUUCUGUGCCCUGUCUUGUCGGUGUUGUCUUCUUGUGCCAGCUGUUUCCUCGUUCAGUUCUGUGGUGUUGAGGUUUUGGGGGUUUGGAUUGGCUGCUACCCUUCGAUUCUUCUCUUCUCUCGUUGCUUUCGUUUACCAUGGUUGUUUGCGGCAUGUCAUAAGUCACGUCUCACAUCCUCACAUCACAUCACGUUCCAGCUCUCAGAGCUCUCCGUGGUUGUUGCAUUGUCUGUCCUUCUCUCUCUCUCUUUGACUCUGAGUUGUCGUGUCGUGUCAUCAUGCCUCGGGAAGUGGCUUUGCUUCGUUUGCUUGUCUGCCGUCUUCCAUGUCUUAUCUUCUCCCGCAUCACAGCAUGAAUGAAAGUGAAGGAGAGGGA